AUGGCGCUGAUCGCCUUGCAAGGUGACCAACACGUAGCCUUGACUUUUGUGGCAACACGCUCUAGUGGACCGGGAGGAAUCGCAAUAGAUGACGUGUAUAUCCCCGGUGCAUGCUGGGGUCAAAAAAGUUCAAUGCCAGUAUUCAACCAGCCAAGCAACUUCUUAAGUGCCAAUUCGCAUCGCCCUUGCACGACUAGUGAUGUGACGUUUGACGUUGACUGGCAAAACUUCACCCAGAGGACGGAUGUUGGUCUAGAGUGGUCACGUGGCCAAGGGUCCGUUGUAACUGCUGGUCAUGGACCCCAAGGGGAUCACACCUCAGGUGUCGGUUAUUAUCUGUAUGUUGAUGUGAGUGGCGGAGGAUCUGGACCAGCUACUCUGUACUCGCCUUGGUAUUCUCGACUGUACCGACAGGGUGCCUUAACAUUCUGGUAUUAUAUGGCGGGUAAUUCCACUGGAAAAUUAGAGGUCACUGAGGAAAUGGAAGGAAUGUCUUCUUUAAUCGUGUUUUCUAUGAGCGGUUAUCAGGGAAGUAGCUGGCAGAAUGGUACUCUUAGGCUUUCAAUGACACUUGGAAAGAAGUUUCGGCUAAUAUUCAAAGCUUCCCCUGACAUUAGUGGUGACUCUAAAGGAAUCAUCGCCAUUGAUGACAUUGCGUUUGACUUGUUUACGAGUUGCACAGGCUGCACUUCCAUCACAUCUCCCGUAACGUUUGAUAAUGGAUUUCAAGAUUUCACGGAUCAGAGUACCCCAAGCACAGGUUGGUCCAUAAUUUCCCAAGCAUCCCAAAGAGCAUUUACUUCAUCCGAUGUACAGGCACCGAUGACUUCUCAUCAAACCGAUGAAUCUUAUGCACGCGCUGACGGUUCUGGGAUGUCGCCUGCCAGUCUUAGUUCAAGAGUGCUCGGUAGCCCAAAUGGAUAUGGCUGCACAGUCACAUUGUCCUACAGGACACAACCAAGUGACGUAGCGGCCAUCAAUUUCACAAUGCUCGUAGUACCAUCCGACCCCAAUUACCGGUCGCUGACACAAAGGAUAUUACAUAUCGCAAACAAAACAAAUUCCUGGAAAAGAGUGACAUCACAAGAAAUCAAUCUGGAUGUCGAAUACAAACUCAAUAUUCAAUACCGAGGUACUUCACUCAUCGACAUUGAUAAUAUCACAAUGAGCGACACCUGCUGCAAACCUCUGUGUCCUUUGCCGGACAUUUCACGGGGAGAAGCCAUUGGUUCGUCUUUCAGGUCAAACGCAACAUACAACAGAUACAGCGUAGUGUGUGCUGAUAGGUACGCCGUGUCAAAUCGUGCGUUUGACUCUGAAUGCCGAAAUCCUGCAGGCUUUGCAGAACCUCCAACAUGCAAAGCCCUUUGUCCCCUACCAGAUAUACAAAAUGGAAAAGCAAUUGGCUUGUCUCUCACGUCGAAUGAAGCAUUCCACAAGUUUAGUGUAGAAUGUGAUGUCGGAUACAUCUUGGCCAACGAUACCUAUGACUCUCUUUGCCGGACUCCUGCCGGCUUUGCUGAGCCUCCUCCUUGCAAAGCCCUGUGUUCACUACCGGAAGUACGCCACGCCACAGUGAAGGGUCUGCUACCAGGAAAAGAUGGAAAAUUCAACCAGUACAGCAUAACUUGUGUGGGUGGCUACACUCUACUGAAUGCCACGUUUGCUUCUGAAUGUCUGGAUCCAGCAGGAUUUCCGUCACCUCCUAAGUGUGAUGAGGUAGGCAAAGCCGCGAUAGCCGGUACGGUAGUGGGUUCUCUGUUUGCAGUCGCCGUGGUAGUCGGUGUGCUGGUAUUGGUCUAUCUACAACGUGUGGGAAAGAUAAGCCUUAACUCUGCAGAUGUUGAACAGAGAUUCAUUAUGUUAAGGACGUCAGCUACAUCGGUUCUGUCUAAGAUUGAGAGGGCCAUUCCCACGGCUAAACCACAGGCAGAGGAAUCGAACAAGCCUACACAGGAUUGUGAAAAGGGAGAUUGCGGCGCAGAGACAGCUGGGCAUGAACAGCCUGGAACUGCUGACAAGAAUCAGUCUCGUCAGGCCUACGAGCCAACUCUUAGGAAUACCAGUGGCUACAGCACGUCUAAAUGGCAGUCUAAUCGUGAGGGAGAAAGUAGCCUCAACCAGGAGAAUGUCAUUAGCAUGCCAGGUGCCAGCCCUUACAUAGAGGAGAAUGUGUAUGAUGUCGGGGAAGGGAUCGAGCAGAUGAGAGCCCAAAGAGGUAUGCCAGUCAACACUCCUGGCACCGUUGUGGAAAUAGCUGAGGACUUUUACGAUGUUGGCGAAUGCAAUGCAACACUCGACCACCAGCAAGGGCAAACCCAGGCCUCGCCAGAUACCCAGACAGCAGCUGAAGGUUAUGACAAAGAAGCCGACGAUGACAGCUUCGAUGAUGACGGCGAGGAAUGGGACGAAGUUCAAGACAAUGCGUGCGAUGUAGACCAUGCGUGCGAUGGAGAGGAUGUGUACGACACAGCUGCAUGAUAGAAGUUAAAUAAGUUCUGACUCCUUCUCAGUACAAUUGUAUGUGAAUGUGCUUUAUGCGUUUUAAUUUUUUCGGCACAUUUUGUUUAAAAUAUGGAAGUGGAAUGUAGUGUACUGCUGUGCAGCACAUUUUGCCUCUGAAUCGCUACCCAAAAGCACUGCAAAAAGCUUUAGAAGCCGAUACUUUUCUGUAUACUUUCACAGUCUAAUGUAUUCUCUCACAUUUGGUUUCAUCCUGCAUGAUUUUCUGUCACAUAACCACUGAUAUUAUACAUUUUUAAGAAAGGUUUCACUUAGCAUUGUGACGCAUUUACUACAGCCACUUGACCCUGUUCAAAAUUCCUCGCCUCUCUCUCUCUCUCUCUCUCUCUCUCUCUCGCUCUCUCUCUCUCGCUCUCUCUUUCUCUCUCUCUCUCUUUCUCUCUCUCUCUCUCUCUCUCUUUCUCUCUCUCUCUCUCUCUCUCUCUCUCUCUCUCUCUCUCUCUCUCUCUCUUUCUUUCUCUUUCUCUUUCUCUCUCUCUCUCUCUCUCUCUCUCUCUCUCUCUCUCUCUCUCUCUCUCUCUCUCUCUCUCUCUGUCUCUCUCUCUCUCUCUCUCUCUCUCUCUCUCUCUCUCUCUCUCUCUCUCUCUCUUCUCUCUCUCUCUCUCUCUCUCUCUCUCUCUCUCUCCUCUCUCUCUCUCUCUCUCUCUCUCUCUCUCUCUCUUUCUUUCUCUUUCUCUUUCUCUCUCUCUCUCUCUCUCUCUCUCUCUCUCUCUCCCUCUCUCUCUCUCUCUCUCUCCCUCUCUCUCUCUCUCUCUCUCUCUCUCUCUCUCUCUCUAUCUAUCUAUCUCUAUCCGUCUUCCAUUUACAAAUUAGAGUAAUUCAUACACUACUGUCAUAACAUAAGUUUCGAAAUUUCAUAAUCACACUCACUCUAGUUUCAUGAUUGUGUUGCUCUGUGUUU